AUGCCCAUCGCGCUGCUGCUGCUCCUCUCGCACGAGGCCGUCGUGUCCAUCUCGCGCAAGCUCGAGCGGCGCAGCGCGCGCAAGCGCGGCAUCGACUACUCGUCGCUGCCGCGCGACCGCAUGGGCCGCGCGCGCGACCCGGCGACGCGCCGCCGCCUCUCGCGCAACGAGGAGCGCGCCUUCACCGAGUGGCUCGCCCAGGUCGAGACGCUCAAGACGCGCGAGCGCGAGUGGCGCCAGCGCGGCGCCCAGCUGCCGCGCUACGGCGAGCAGGAGCUCGACGGCCUGCCGCCCAUGCUCGAGGGCAGCCCCGUGUACGAGGCCGGCGCGGGCGGCGCGCUCAUUGUGCGCUCGCGCUCGACGCUCGCGGCAUAG